ACAGGUUCGCUCACAUGGCAGUCAGAGUUCAAUUUGAGAACAGCAGUGAGGUCGGCGUGUUUGCCAAAUUGACCAACACUUACUGUCUCGUUGGGAUGGGAGCAUCAGCGGCUUUUUACAGUACGUUUGAGAGUGAACUGGCAGAUAGCAUUCAAGUAGUACCUAUAUCUAUUGCUGAAUGUAGAAUUGUGGGAAGAAUGUGUGCUGGGAACAGACACGGUCUUCUUGUUCCAAGCUCUACAACUGACCAUGAGCUACAACAUAUUCGGAAUGCACUUCCAGAUGAAGUAAAGGUUCAACGAGUUGAAGAGCGAUUGUCUGCCUUGGGUAAUGUUAUUUCAUGCAAUGACUAUGUUGCCCUCACACAUCCAGAUCUUGACAGAGAAACUGAAGAGAUUCUAGCUGAUGUUUUAAAAGUAGAGGUGUUUCGUCAUACAAUUGCAGAUAAUGUGCUUGUUGGGAGCUACUGCACAUUUAGCAACCAAGGUGGCUUGGUACAUCCGAAAACUCCUGUAUCUGACCAAGAUGAGUUGUCAUCACUACUUCAAGUCCCUCUGAUGGCUGGAACUAUCAAUCAUGGCAGCAGUGUCAUUGGAGCUGGAAUGGUUGUUAAUGAUUGGAUUGCUUUCUGUGGUUUGGCAACUACUAGUACUGAACUCUCUGUUGUUGAGAGUGUUUUUAAACUGGGUGAUUUUGGGCAACCUGCAGUUGCUGGGGCACUUCGAUCUUCUUUAGUGGAAAGUAUGACUUGACCAAGCUUUGUUGGUGUCAAUAUUGGUUAUGCAAUUCUUGUAAGAAAAUAAGAUCUUUGAAUAAUCAGUCAUCCAGAAACUUACAUGUCAGUAGAACAGUUGCGUGCUCUACUGUAAAGUAGCCUAGACUUGCAUGGCCUCACUGUGUGUUCCACUCAUGCUGCUGGGUACAUAUAUACAGUUUGCAGCCUAUAGUUUGUUUUCCUUAUUGAUUACAGUACUUGCAAGAUCAAAAACAAUAUUAUUAAAGAAGAACUUCC